AUGAAAUGCGACAAAAACAUCAUUAAUGAGGUGAAACUAUUUCACGUGUUUGACGACAUACUCGGGUAUAACGUGUUGUUCGCAACCAAUUAUGACUUUGUGUACGGCUUGGGUGCCAACCACUGGGGGUCACUCGGGUUGGGUCACAACCAGCCUUUUGACACACCCGUAAUAAUACCGGAAUUGUGUCACAAAAACAUUCAACAAUUUUUCAUCGGCGGUGACUUCGCUCUGGCCAUCACUGAACACCAGGGCGUGUAUGGCUGGGGCUGUAAUAAUGGCGGACAAGUGGCCAACAGUAAACACAUGGAGGGCUAUCUAAAGCCUCGAUCCAUACCUGAGUUAAACGGAUUGAAUAUAACACAAAUCAGUUGCGGUUCGUAUCACUCGCUGGCGCUCACCGGCGAGGGCUGUGUCUACGGCUGGGGUUAUGACCGAUACGGACAGGUCGGGUGCGGCGGCGGUAAAUCCAGUUCUCGGUCGCCCCACUCGGCGGUACCGGUGCCUAAGAAAUUGCAUUUCAAACACAAUAAUAAUGAAUAUAAAAUUAAAUCCGUUUACUGUUUGAGUUACUCGUCGUUUGCCAUCGCAUACACCGGCCAUGUGUUCAGUUGGGGUCGCAAUUAUUUCUACAAUUUGGGACAUCCGGUGGCGGGAAAUGUUGGGAAACCCCUAAUGAUUGCCAGUCUGUCGGGUGUGGAGACCGUGUGCUCCACAGGACUCGUGACAUACUUUCUAUCAAAUGAGGGUUUAGUGUAUUUUUGCGGCCAAUAUAUGGCCCAAAACGGGGAAUAUUUCCUCCGAAAGUUCCCGACAAAAAUCCAUUCAAAUAGGAGGUGCCAGGAGUUGCAGCAAAUCAACUCUCAACGCGAACGAUCAUCGUUGAUUAUGGCCGUUAUUACCGACAGCAUUUAUUUCCUGAAUGAUAAAAAUGAUUUACUUCUCACAGAUUAUCGCAGUUUGUUUGACUGCAGCGACAAUACGUUGAAAACAAUUAAUUUGUUUAAUUAUGAAACGGCCAGAAAAUUAAAAAGGAGCCUGAGCGAAUAUAGUAGACUAUACGAUGAGCUAUGUAAGAUUGGGUCAGGCUCAUUUGGCACAGUAUAUAAAAUGAGGCGAAAAUUGGAUGGCCAUAAAUAUGCCGUCAAAACAUUUGACCUACAAGCUCGGGCUGAUUUCUGUGACCAAUCACAACUAUUCAAGGAGCUAAACAACCUUAUUAAAAUACGCUCUGACUAUGUCGUACACUAUUUAAACUCGUGGUUUGAAAGCGACAAAUACUACCUACAGAUGGAGUUAUGCGCCGAUAAUCUGCGCAAUAUAUUGGCGCUCAAACGGCGGGCGUUUGGCCGCCAAACGGCCGCUCAGGCCAUGAAUUCUGUCGAGUUUUUCAUUUCGUGCCAAUUAUUCAAAGAACUCGUGGAAUGCGUACAGUAUUUGCAUUCAUCGAAACCGGCGGUCAUUCACCGCAAUCUCAAACCCGAUAACGUGUUGAUCGCCCGAACCGUUCGCAACGGCCGGUACUUAAAGCUCAGCGACUUUGGGUUGGCUUCGCUGCUCGACACCAGUAUAGCGGCCGUCAAUCGGGACGUCCUGUAUAUCGCGCCCGAAGUGAUUGAGGGCCAGAAGUAUGACCACAAGUCCGAUCUGUACAGUGUGUCCAAAAUUGGCGAACAAAUAUUUGAUUUUGAUCUAGAUGAGUGUUUGUAUCAGUCAAAUAAUAGGGCGAUUAACACAUGUGUAACAAAACUACAAGAAAUACUGUUGAGGUUGGGAUCGGAUGACCCGCUCGACCGGCCCGACUGCGGCCGAGUGCUGGACAGACAGUGCGAGUGGUCUAUAGACGAGUAUUAUGUGGCAAAUGAUGCCAAUUGUCGGCAC